GAUAUUGGGGAUAUCAGCUAUUAUUGACAUCAUACAGCACAAAGAGUAGAAAAACUGCUGGAACCAUGACUUGGAAUGGGCAGUGUUUUGGCUGCCAGCUCCCCCAACCCACCACCACCAGCCUCGGGCGGCACUCCUGCCCCUGGCUUGACGAUGCCACCGGGCUUUGGGAUGCCUCCGGUUUCCGCAGUUAUACCCCAGACUGGGGAAACCUCUGCUCAGCAGCAGGAGUCAGAAAAUGCUUUGCCCAAUCCGGGGGCAUUUGACGAGUGUCAUCGGAAGUGCAAAGAGGUUUUUCCUUUGCAGAUGGAAGGCGUGAAGCUAGUUGUUAAUAAAGGUCUUAGCAAUCACUUCCAGGUGAUUCACACUGUGCUGCUGAGCACCACUGGAGAUUCCCUCUACAGAUUCGGUGCUACGUAUGUUGGAUCGAAGCAGAUGGGUCCAGCAGAGUCUUUUCCAGUCAUGGUGGGAGACAUGGACAACAGCGGCAGCCUUAACGCCCAGAUCAUCCACCAGAUCGCCAACAGGAUACGAUCCAAAGUGGCCUUCCAGACACAGCAACACAAAUUUGUGAACUGGCAGGGCGACGCUGAGUUCAGGGGAGAAGAUUUUACUGCAACUGUCACGCUCGGAAACCCAGAUGUCCUUGUUGGCUCUGGUAUCGUCGUCGCACACUACCUCCAGUCCAUAACGCCGGCUCUGGCUCUGGGAGGGGAGCUGGUUUAUCACCGCAGGCCUGGAGAGGAGGGCUCAGUAAUGUCUUUAGUUGGCAGAUACACAGGCAACAACUACAUCGCCACUUUAACACUCGGCUCAGCGGGAGCUCACGCAUCUUACUACCAUAAAGCCAACGAUCAGUUACAGGUCGGUGUGGAGUUUGAGGCGAGUGCCCGCAUGCAAGACACCAGUGUGUCGUUUGGCUACCAGCUAGAUGUCCCUAAAGCAAAUUUACAAUUUAAAGGUUCAAUUGACAGUAACUGGAUAGUUGGGGCAACGUUGGAAAAGAAGUUGCUCCCGCUGCCCCUCUCUCUGGCCCUCUCCGGCUUCCUCAACCACCGCAAAAACAAGUUCCAGUGUGGUUUUGGCGUCACCAUCGGUUAGGCCGACGUAGUGCCGGCUCACAGACGGCGCAGACCCACCACUGACCUAGAGACUUUACCACGAAAACUGCCAGUGACCUCUUUGGUAGAUUUGACCAAUAAUUACAGUGCUGGUUUCCUCAAAUCAUUUUUCACCACAUGUGGUGAAUAUAAGCGGUUAAUAUAAAUCUACAUUUGACUCUAAUCCUUAAAGAUGAAUCCCCUCGAUGAUCAGUAGUGUAAUGAAUAAUGUUACCUGUCAGGAACAAGCAGACCCUCGUCAUAAACAGACACAUAGACGGCAGGCGGACGUAACAUUAGAAGACAGAUUUACAGAGCUCUUUGUUUGAGUUCAGUGCCUGUCAUGUUUGUUUUUAUUUUGCUCCUGAUUUAAAAAUUUCUCUUCUUUUAUUAAUAUUUUUUUUUUUACCAUUAAGUCUGUCUUGGUGUGCAGUGAGUGAAGUAAGUAUCAGCUGUUGGUUACAGACAAGUUUACCAGCUGUUAGGAAGGAGUGUACUGUACUGUGUGUCAUGUUCACAAUACAUCACUUAUUUUGUUGCCUUUUUAUGUUACAUACAUACUGAACAGUAUAUAUGAGCUGUAUAUACCUCUUCAAAGCUGAUCAAUACAAUUUCUUACAAAAACUGGA